CGCACGCGGACCGGAUGCAGCGCGCUUUACGGCGGCAGCGUGAGUGCGUGACGCUCGCCGGUGUUCUCAUUUCGCACGUGGCACCGGCGGGGGCACUUGGUAGACCGUAUCGUUGCCGUUACUGCGGUUCCCACCUCCAGAAUGAAGCGACCGAAGUUAAAGAAAGCAAGUAAACGCAUGACCUGCCAUAAACGGUAUAAGAUCCAAAAAAAGGUACGAGAGCACCAUCGAAAAUUGAGGAAGGAGGCUAAGAAACGGGGUCGCAAGAAGCCUAGGAAGGAUCCAGGAGUUCCAAACAGUGCUCCCUUUAAGGAGGCUCUUCUUCGAGAAGCUGAGUUAAGGAAACAGCGACUUGAAGAACUAAAACAGCAGCAGAAACUUGACAGGCAGAAGGAACAGGAAAAGAAAAGAAAACUUGAAACCAACCCUAGCGUUGAACCACCUAAUAUGGAACCUGUGAAGAAGGAAUUUGGGCAAUGCAACGCUAAGAACAAAGCAAAGUUGGGCAAACAGAAUCCAAAGAAGUUGUAUUGUCAGGAACUUAAAAAGGUGAUCGAAGCUUCAGAUGUUGUGCUGGAAGUAUUGGAUGCCAGAGAUCCACUUGGUUGCAGGUGUCCACAGAUGGAAGAGGCCAUCGUCAAAAGUGGACAGAAAAAACUAGUACUUGUAUUAAAUAAAUCAGACUUGGUACCAAAGGAGAAUUUGGAGAACUGGCUAAAUUAUUUGAAGAAGGAAUUUCCAACAGUGGUGUUUAGAGCCUCAAUAAAUCGGAAGGACAAAGGGAAGAUAACCAAGGUAAGGAGAAAAGCUGCUCCAUUCAAAAGUGAAGCCUGUGUUGGGAAGGAAGGUCUUUGGAAACUUCUUGGAGGUUUUCAGGAGACUUUUGGCAAAGCUCUUCAGGUUGGAGUAGUUGGUUUCCCAAAUGUGGGGAAAAGCAGCAUCAUCAACAGCUUAAAACAAGAACGGAUAUGUAAUGUCGGUGUAUCCAUGGGGCUUACAAGGAACAUGCAGGUUGUCCCCCUGGACAAACAAAUUACAAUCAUAGAUGGUCCAAGUUUCAUUGUGUCUCCACUUAACUCUCCCACUGCACUUGCUCUGAGAAGUCCAGCAAGUAUUGAAGUACUAAAACCAGUGGAGGCUGCCAGUGCCAUCUUGUCCCAGGCUGAUGCUCGACAGGUAGUAUUAAAAUUCACUGUCCCAGACUUUAAGAAUUCUCUGGAAUUUUUUACUUUGCUUGCUCAGAGAAGAGGACUGCACCAAAAAGGUGGAAGCCCAAAUGUAGAAGGUGCUGCCAAACUACUGUGGUCUGAAUGGACAGGUGGCUCCUUAGGUUAUUAUUGCCACCCCCCUACAUCCUGGACUCUUUCUCCACAUCUUAAUGAGAGCAUUAUGACAGACAUGAAAUGGGGCUUUAAUCUAGAAGAACUGGAAAAGAACAAUGCACACAGCAUACAAGCCAUCAGGGGCCCUCGUUUAGCCAGUAGCAUCCUUUUCCAGUCUUCAGGGAUGACAAAUGGAAUAAUAGAGGAAAAGGACAUACCUGAAGAAUUGCCAAAACAGAAAGAGAGGAAGAAGGAAGAGGAGGAGGACUAUGAAAACAUGGACAGUGACCAGGAAAGUGUUAAUGAAGAAGCUGAUGAAGAAGGCUCAGACAUGACACCUGUCAAAGAGGCCUGGGAGGUACUACUACCUGAGGAGUCUCAAGCAGAUGAACAGUUUGCACAAUGUUGUAUUUUGGAUAGAAUGACUGAAGAUGAUGCUUACGACUUCAGUACAGACUAUGUAUAACAACUUUGUCCUCUUAUAAGGGUUUUUUUCUUUAACAUUUUGAACAGACUCCUAAGCUGUUCUAUGUAUAAUGUACUAGCGUUUGUAGUAUGACAUAAGCUGUGUAAAUUUUGUAAAUGUGUAUCAUGAAAUUCAUUUUAAAAAAAUCAAGCAAUGUAGAAAGUAUCUGAAUUCCAUAAAGACACAUCUUAUACAGUAA